AAGAAUUCAGUAAACAUCCCCAACGUCACUUCCGGUUAUUAUUUUGACAGCAAAACACUGCAACAUUUUUCAAUACUAAUCUCUGGUCCCCAUUAUAUGGGUAUUUUAACACCUCUUGUGUUUUUUGCUUCACAUUUAUUAGCUCGUUUUACUUGUGUGGUGGAAUUGGCAAUAUUCGGAAAGAGAUCAGUCUUCUGGUUCUAGCUAGCAGAAGAUGAAGGUCCCUAGCGAUGAAAACGAGGUGGCGGAGGAAGGCAGUAGCUGUUCAACACCAGUAGACAACUCCAACAACGAGGAAAUUCCACCUUAUCUACGCGAAGAACCUCCUGAAGAUGGAGAGAAGGACCACCCUAAGACCGAGGCGGGGGUCAUCUGGAGGGUGACCGGCGGUCUCUUCAACAUGACCAGAGGGGCGGUCGGCGCGACAUGGGGAGGCGUGGCCUGGGUGGGCUGUAAGAGCUAUGACAUCACCAAGACGGUGGUGACCAGCGUGCCGGCCGCCGGCGUGGGAUUAGUCAAAGGCGGCGUUUCCGUGGUGACGGGAGGAGUUGGAGCGGUAGGGUCCGCAGUAGCCAGUAAAGUUACACCAAAGAAAAAGGAUAAGUCUGAUUAGGCCUAAACCCAACUAUCACCCCAAUCUAUGCGUCCUUCAUUAUCUGUCUGCUGUGCAUAGGAUCCAUCUGGUUACUAAUGGUAACGAUUCAGAGUUGAGAUAAGCCCAAGUAACUUGGAUUUCCACGUAAAUCAUUCAAUGACAUCAAUGGGAAACUUGCGUGAAAAGCCGAGUUAAGCUUGCGGAUCUCAAGUCAGAAUUUUAUGGGAUUUGUGAUGAUAUAGGAACGUUGAACUUCCUGCCGAUGUACUUCUUCGAGGGAUCUCAUGUUUUUGUGAUUGAUCUGGGUGUGGGAAGGGAAGGGCAUAGUAAUAUGACGACCACGCACAAUGUUUGUCAUGCAUAAGAACAAUUUGGUAGCGAUUCAGCAAGUACAAAUCUACACAUUUCUCAAAGACUUGAGUUUAUUUAAAUUCUUCCAGUUUUAUUAUCUUUACAUUAGUAUUGAAACAAAGUGAAAGGUACUUUACGCAACUUCAUUUCAUCAGUUUGACAUCGGUGAUCGGAGAAUACACACCAAACGAUGUGUGUAUGUGAAUAUGUACAGAGUAUGUGUUAUAAUAGAUAUGGGAAUAAUACGUACGUGAAUCCUAUUGAUGCAGAUAGACAAGGUAGGAGAGGGACUUUGCAGUCUUGAAACUCCAUUGCAACUUGGAUUUUUUAUUGUACAAAAGGUGAGGGGAUUUGUUUUGUUGAGUUUGGAGACCUGUUAAAUAAAGCGUGUUAUUGCAUAGAAACGGAUCUAAAAAAUCUUGAAAAAUACCUUUUUGUAUACAUAUAUCAGCAGAGGUCCUGGGCUGUUUAAAUAAAUGAAGCACCAUUUCACCACCAACGAAACACACGUACGUAAGGUCAAGGGUCAUAGUUCAUGCCUGCAUGGCAAAUGUCACCCUAUUCCCUUUAUAGUGCAUUACUUUUUACCAGGGCCCUCUUGUUUAAAAGUAGUGCGCUAUAUAGGGAAUAGGGUGCCAUGUGGGACUCAUCCUAUGUCAUUCACUUGUAUGGACUUUCCUCAAAUCUAUAUGUAUGUGCCUACCUGUACAAUGUACACACAUGAGAUAGAUAAGUACUGAUAGUUGAUAGUUCACACUGACAUUCCCGGAGUAUGAGGGCCAGUUGAAAACUAACCUGCUUCUUCUUUCCAUGAUUCCCAUUCACUUUUGGGCGCCAAUAUGUUUGGCAUGAAAAUUAGUUGACAAGAUGCCACAAACAGAUUUGGGUACAGGCUAAUUCAUUUCCACACGGUUUACAUUAUUACUAUAGUACUGAAUUACUGUCCAUUCUGAUGAGACAUUAGGUGUACACCAAUCUAUUUUUUGUUCUCCUUUUUGUUUUUGUUUUUUCUUUUUCUUUUGUAUUUGAAUAUUCACUAGAAAGAGAACACUCUUGGCAUGGCAUUUCCACGCCCUUACGUUAUGCAUCGCAUGCUUCAAGUAGUCGUUUUUCCUUCUUCCUGUACACAGUACGCUGUUUAUUAUUAUGACAAGUCUCGCCGAUUUCAUUUUCGGCUUUUUCCUCGUCCUGUCUAUUUACUGUUUUCCUCUGCUCUUACAUCUGCUCGAUAAUAUAGGUAUCGGAGACUCUGUUACUGUAACCUGGAGUGCUUUCCAAAUGACACCCUAUUCCCUAUUUAGUGCAGCACUUUUGACCAGGGCCCUUGGUCAAAAGUAGUGCAAUAUAUAGGGAACAUGGUGCAAUUUGGGACGCAUACCCUGGACUUUUAAGACCAAGUCGAUUUUUGUCUAUGAUAGAACUAUUUUUGCAAAAACUGAUGCUGUGUUGUAUAAAUAAAGCUACUUUGUAUUUUAA